UAUAAAGAUGGCUGAGGAUGGGACUUCUACCUCUCGACAAUGUCCAAAAUGCAAAACAAGCGAAUUCCAAAAUCGCUCUCUUGUAAUGAUGCUCAAUGAAUGUUGUCAUCCAAUAUGCCAAAAUUGUAUGGAGAAUUUGUUUGCAAGAAAUGUUGGUCAAUGCCCAUACAAAGAUUGUGACCGGACGCUGAAAAAAUCUGGAUUUUGGAUUCAAGAAUUUGAUGAUCUCCGAGUAGAACGUGAAAACUUUAUUAGAAAACGCAUUCUUAUGACAUUCAACUUGCAAGAAGAUGACUUUGAAAAUCUACGCGAUUAUAAUGAUUAUUUGGAAAGAGUGGAGGAUAUAAUUUUCAAAUUGACCAAUGACAUUAACACUGAAGAAGUGGAAGCAGAAGUUAAAUUAUUCCGAGAAGAGAAUUCAGAAUUAAUUGAAAGAAAUAAAAGGCGACCGUCUAGUGAUGAUUUAUGGAUAAAACGAAUGCUUGAUGAGGAAGAGUUAAGGAAGAGAAAACUUGAAGGGCAACACAAAGAUGAUUUGGACCAAGAAAAAUCAUUAUUCAACCCAAAGGAUGUAAUUGAUGAACUUCGUUCAAGUGAUUUACCUGCUGAAGUUGUGUUGGAUCGUCAAAGGAAAAAACAAAUAGAGCAUGAAAUGGCAGAGAAGGAGAAGGCAGAACGCAUAAAGCGGAGCAAAUUAGAAGAAAAACAGCGAGCAAGUGAUCGUGCAGUUUAUGGAGUUGUUCGCCAUGCUGGAAAACCAUAUUUUCAUUCUACACCUGUUAUUUCAUUGAAUGGUCCUCCAAUGCUUAGCGAAUAUGAACUUAUUGAAAAUAAUUUUAUUAAAUAUGUUCGCGAACCAUCUAUUCAGUCAAUUGCUGGCGGAUUUCACUCAAAACUUGGUUGUAUGCGUGCCUUGUUUGAAGCCCGCUCUGAUUUAUUUUUAUUUUAA